CAAACACGCAUUCUUUGCCAAAACAGGAUGUCUCGAGCCUCGAAAUUGACAUUGGCCGCCACGGGCCUCGGAACCGCGGGCAUCAUCUACUUUGUGCACUGGUCACAAGAACAAGAAAAAGCAUCCAUGCAUAAGGGAGUUGAGCGAGACAUGGAGAAGCAGCGCGUGCGACACGAACGACAGGCCGAAUUCGAGAUGCAGAAGAGACUCGAGGAGGAAUACCUGAAGCUCCAGAAGGUUUCUCCUAGCUUAGACGGAUCGCCAGGAGGGGAUAAUAAUCCGGCAAAGGGGUCGUGAGGAAUUGAAUACUCAAUUGGGUUACGUCGUACAUGGACGGUGUGACCUGGGAUAGAUUUGCAUCCGAAUUAGCAGCUGUCUGAUUAUUGAAGAUAUGUGUGUACAAUAUACCCACACUGUAUUAUAUGAGCCAACUCUCCUGUCUAUUUAUGGUCUGAUGGAU